CCCUUUUGCGACGCUAUGGACGCCGUGCGCGAGGAGCCGACCCAGGCGCUGUUCGCUUGGGGAGCAAACAGCUAUGGGCAACUUGGUCUAGGUCAUAAAGAAGAUGUACUCCUGCCCCAGGCCAUUAAAGAAUUGCCCUGCAGUCAGAAAAACAUCACAAGUAUUACUGGAGGAGGAGGACAUUCUGUAAUUGUUACUGACACUGGAGAACUCUUUUUAUGCGGCCAAAAUAAAGAUGGGCAGUUGGGACUUGGUCAUACUGAAGAUGUGGAACAUUUUACGUUAUGCAUUUCCCUGUCUGGUUGUCCUGUUGUACAAGUUGCCUGUGGUUGGGAUUUUACCAUCAUACUUGCAGGAAAUGGCCAGGUGUUAUCUUGUGGGUCUCAUUCUUUUGGACAACUCGGAGUUCCUCAUGCCUCAGGAGGAAAUGCUGUCCCACAGAAAAUUAAGACUAUACAGGACAAAGUAGUAAAUGUUGCCGCUGGACUCAGACAUGCAGUAGCUGUAACCGAAAAUGGUUCAGUUUUCCAGUGGGGAGUUGGCAUGGCAUCUCAGGCCAAGCGGGCAUGGCAAGGACAGAUGGUUCCAGCUUUUUGGAGGGCUAAAGAGCCUUGCAAAGUAACAGGUCUAGAAAACAUCAAAGUAAAGAGCAUCACUUCUGGGUCGCAUCAUGUCACAUCACUCACAGAUGAAGGAGAGUUAUAUGUUUGGGGGAGCAACAGACACAAGCAGUUAGUGAGCAAAGUUGAUUUUCUUUUGAAACCCCAGAAGAUAGAAACCCACUAUUUUGGGGGAGAAAAGGUCAGAAGAGUCUGGAAUGGAUGGACGCACAUGGUGGCACAGACAGAAACAGGGAAAGUCUUUACAUGGGGUAGAGGAGACUAUGGUCAACUUGGAUGGAGCGGGAUGUUGCAUGAAGGAGAGAGCCAGGAUGGAAAGAAAUCGACUGAACACUGUUUGAAAAAGCAAAUCAUUGCUCCUGUUGCAGUGCCCAGCCUCACUGGAGCAUCUGAGAUUGCAUGUGGCUCGGAGCACAAUCUAGCAAUAGUUGGUAGCCAGUGUUUUUCCUGGGGAUGGAAUGAACACGGGAUGUGUGGCAAUGGAACAGAAGCCAAUGUUUGUGUCCCUCAGCCUGUUGGGACUUUGAGUUCUGCAAAGCUGCUUUUGAUUGGAUGCGGAGCUGGACAUUCCAUGGCAUAUUGUCAUUUACCAUGCUUCAACUUUCUACCAUAGAAAUGUCAGCACAAUUUCAAGUACUAUAAUCAUUGGUGUACUAAUAUUUAUAUACAGCUAACCAAGGUUGUGAAAAUUACUGGGGAAACCGGGUGCUGGUUUGGAAGAAAACAAAAGGAACUUGUCUUGUAAUACUCUUUAAAAACAUAACCAACAAUAGUGCACUGAAAUAAAAUAUUUCCUGGUGAAAGUAGGCAGAAUCCAGUGAAAUUAGUCAAGGAACUAUACUUGGUUACUACUCAAGUCUCAUUAAUUUAUUUGGGAGAUGGUAAUGCCCAACAUUUGUUAGGUUGCUCUCAUAUAUAUAUAUAUAUAUAUGUUUUUUGCUUGCUUCUUUUUUUAACAGCUUGAGCAAUUUGUGUCAUCAGCAAAUCUGUCCACUUGACUGCUCACCCACAAUUCCAGAACCUUCAUGAAAACAUUAAAAAGCACUGGUCCCUUGGUGGAUUCCACUUCUUGUGUCUAUUCACUGUCAGAAUCAUUCAUUUAUCCCCACUCUCUGCUUCCUGUUCAUGCCUGCCUUUUAGCUCAUGCCUGCUAAGCUUACUCAGGAGCAUAGCUGCCAAGUUUUCCCUUUUCUCGCGAGGAAGCCUAUUCAACAUAAUGGAAAAUCCCUUUAAAAAAGGGAUAACUUGGCAGCUAUGCUCGGGAGUCGUUGCUGAUGUUGCACAAUGAUCACCCAAAUCUCCAUGCCUAUUGACACUCUGAAAUAAUUGUCAAAGUUUAGUGAGUCAGGACUUACCUUUGCAGAAGUCACAUGGGUGGUUCUUCAGCAAGGCUUAUUCGUCUAUAUGCUGGGUAAUUUUAUCUUGAAUAUUGCUGAUGUGAAGAUAAUUGGAUUAUAGCUUCUGGGAUCCAGACAGAUCCUUUUUUUAAAAUAAAAAAUGGUAUUAAAUUGGCCAUUUCCCAGUCCUCGGGUGCAGGCAUAAUUUACAAAUUUUCAUUAGAAGCUCUGCAUCUUCACAUUUUUAUUCUCCGAGAGCUGUUAGGUAGAUGCUAUCUGGAUUGAGUAACUUUGUUCAUUUUAGUUUAUCAAUAAGUUCCAGAACUUUGUUACCAGUUAUUUAGACUCCUUUCCCUAGACGGUUAGUUCAGACACAGGGAUAUGGCUAUGGAAGGCUUUGAAGUUGAGACCAAUGAGUUUUGUCCAAAUCAGGAAUUCGGGAGAAGUGUCAUACAGCUUAAAUAAUGACAAUUUUGUUGGGAGAGUUUUGGGGCUUGAUGUGUAAGAAGAGGAGGCCAGGGAGGUAAAAGUUGCAGUAGUCUAAACAGAGGAUGCCCAAAACAAGGAAAAGAGCUUUCACCAAAGGAGUGGAGAGGCAGGGGUAUAUUUUUACAGAAUUGUGCAAGGAGAAGUGGUAAAGAGGGUAAAGAGUCUUUAGCAUUCUGUGAAAACUGUAUAGUGAUCUUCUGGGGGUUCUCUCAACCCCCCCCCCCCGAGCAGAUUUUCAGAGGGUGAAGGGGAGAAAGUCCUAUUGUGCUAGCAGGAAUCCUUGUGCUGACGUCUGCUAGUGCAACAGUUUAGUUGAAGGUGAUUAAUGCAUUGCAAUGGGGUGCACAAAGUAACGAAAUUCAGUGUCAAAAUUGCCAUGGUUCUCUCUAUGAACACUGGAGUCUACAGAAAAUUGAAUAUCGCUGGAAGGUGAGAUAACAAACUGUCAAUCAGGUCUUUACCACUGAACAUGAUACGGCUUUCUACCAUAAGAAUCCUACGUCUUGUUAGGUAAAUAGUAUCAAGUGACAAGGAUGUACUACAACGUAACAAAAGACAGAACAAGCAGCAUUGCAACUGAUUGUUAUAAACAUUAGUAUUAUGAUUUGACAGCAAAGUGGCAUCUUGUGACUUACCCAGCAGUGAUGCUGGGGGAAAGGGUUCAUCUAAUAAAGUAUCUUUCAAUAAAUACAACUCUAGAGGUGACCUCUAGCCCAGAGGACUUCAAGCCAUGGGGGAAAAACAGAAUCUCGCUUAGAUUCUUUUGGACAGUUCAAAGUUGGGUGCUCUUGGUAUUAUCCAUGUAGGCAAAGCAUGCACUAAGCCAGGGGUCAGCAACCUUUUUCAGCCGUGGGCCGGUCCACCGUCCCUCAGACCAUGUGGUGGGCUGGACUAUAUUUUGAAAAAAAAUAUGAACGAAUUCCUAUGCACCACAAAUAACCCAAAGAUGCAUUCUAAAUAAAAGCACACAUUCUACUCAUGUAAAAAUACCAGGCAGGCCCCAUAAAUAACCCAGAGAUACAUUUUAAAUAAAAGGACACAUUCUACUUAUGUAAAAACGUGCUGAUUCCUGGACCGUCCGUCCGUGGGCUAGAUUGAGAAGGUGAUUGGGCUGCAUCCGGCCCAUGGGCCUUAGGUUGCCUACCCCUGCACUAAGCUGUAGCCUGCUAGAAUGAUUUAUUGAAUCAAAGUGAAAGCUGUAAUAUUGCAUAUAGGUAUAUAUGUGCCUGUGUAUGUUUUCAAAGCACUCAUAUCUUGCCCUUUCUAGUAAAAGACAUAGCAUUUUUGUGCAUAGCAGUUACAUAGAUUCAUACAGUUGGAAGGGAUUCCCCUAAGUCAUUUCCUGCAGGCUGUGUGUGCACCCUAAAUCUCUACCCUUUUUGGGGUGGUGGUGGAGGGGGUUGAGGGUGUAAGGGAAACUCAAGGAAGAAAAUGUCAUUCUCCUUAGACAGCUUAGCUGGGUAACUUUCUGUGGUUUUUUUUUGAAAUACUUUGGAUAUUUAUGUACCUCUCUUCAUGAUGAGAUAAGGACAUCCCUUUUUAUUUGAAUUCAUUUGUCAUCACAAAACCUUUCUGCAGCACUAAUAAUCAUACUGCGUCUGGGGACGGGGCAGAGAGAGUAACAGCACAGCAACAACAACAAUGUCUACUCAGUUCUGUUUAAUUAAAGAGGUUUACUAGUUGGUCUGAGGUCCCUUCAACCUCUGCUUUUGUAUACCAAUAGUCUGUGUGACUGUUUCCCUCUCCCUGCCUCUACUGGUUACAAAAGAUACUACAAAAAUGCAUUGAGUCUCUAGUACUUAAUUCAUAUUAAGAACCUGACCUUAUUAAAGGCUUGCUAUUGCUUGGGUAAGUGCGGACUGUGAAGUGGUGUCAAUGAGAAAGUAGCAGGUAGGAUGGUUUGUUUGAAGUCAAGAAAAAUCAUUGCUUUAUUUGGAGCGGUGAGGAGAAAAGAAGGGCAACCAUCACAUGAGUGUUGCCUUGGGGCACUUUCAUCCUAUAUACUUCAGUGCUCAGCUCAAUUCUGAGUUUUCUACUUUAUCUCUGCUCUGUUUCCUUUGAGUCCUGGCAUGCUCAUUUGUCCUAACAACCAUUCCUUUCAGUGAUCGUAUUUUCUUUGUGCCUGUGAAACUUUAAAGAGGGUGAGAGUGAGAGCAAUUUAUAUGAAAAAUCAUUUUCUCCUAGAUUAAUGGCCAUUACGCUUGACUCUUAUCACAGUGUCAUUAGCUAGAAUCUUUUCUGGAGUGAGAGAAUAAAAGAAACCACUUUCCUGACUAGCUUUUGCAGAAUUAUCCCACCAUACAUCAUGUGUCACACCAGUUCAUGGAAGAUACAAUGGGUUUGCUGCUUAAAGAUUACAAGGGUGUUAAUCUGUUACAUGCAGCUACCAUGUCCAAUUUUAUAUCUUUCUAAAACUCAGUGGAUCAUCUGAGCCUCAUAUACUAGAAGGGCGAUCAUUUAGUUUAGAUGGAGUAGAUUCUGUUGGAAAUCCACCCUCCCACCUCUUAAAAUGAUGUGCAGUUUCUGAAAUACACUAGCCUAAUAAUAAUUCAAGAUUCUUUAGAAUUUGAUAUUCUGUUGUAGGACUUCAAUUGAGAAUGUUAUCACCGCUCUACACAGAUCGCUUGUGGCUUUAAAGUUGCUGUUACUCAUAUUGUUAUCCUCUUCCUAAACAGGGUAGAGAGAGGUUGCCACACAAUCCCUUUUCUGAAAAUCAUGCAUGGAUUUCCUGAAACCUAAGCACAAAUCAAUAUUGCAGUUUUGAUAAGGAAAGUCUUUGUGGCUUUGGGUUGACUUCAUCAAGCGAUUUCCCCUGCUGCUCUAUCCCAUCAUGAUCUCUAAUUUUGAAACUGGCCUCCUGACUGUACCAUCUGUUAUCCAUAACCUUAUAACAAAUCCAUGUUCUUCUGUGAUUGAUCUUGGAGCCUGUUCCAACUUAAGUUCAAGCGUGUCGUGCUUCUACCCAUACACCCGCUGUAACGUGGGACUCAUGCCUAUCACUCACCAUAAAUCAUCGAUAGAGGGGGAGGCCUAUGGAUCUCACAGUGGAUGAGAGCUCCAUUAGUUCCCAUUUUGAAUGUUAACAUCAGAAAGGAGGGGAAGAAAAGUGUGACCAAUUCAUGCUUUCUGCUUUCCCCAUUCCUUUAAAUGUUAGAACCAGGCUACUAAGAUGAUAAUAACUGCAAAAAGCAUAUCUCCUAUUAUAUUUGAAUGGAUUCAGAAAAUUUGGUUCAUAGUUAAUAUGAUUAAGCUAACUUAUUGCAAAGGAAUACCUAUAAACCAAGUUUAUUCUACAACAUUUCCCGUUCAAAUAUAUACUUCUCAUACCAACCAGUAGUUCCAGAAGUCUUAUUUUCUUCCUGAGAUGUUUGGUAGAGGUAUUCAAACAGUGAAUUUGUAACCCUUGAAGAAAUACCUUGCACGGGAUGUUCAAACUACAAGAAUCUCUAUAUCUUACUCUUUGAAUCCCAAAUGAAAUAUUAUAGCUCCCCCCAUGACUCUCUGUUACUACCCUUAAUAUCUGACAGCUUUAGACAUAACUCACUACUUCCUAAAAUUAUUUUGCCCUUGAUCCCCUUUAAAGACUUACAUGGCGUGGGUUGCUGUUGUAAAGUGGAGAAUUUAAGAGAACCACAGAAGAAAACCCAACUUCACAUUAUCAUCUAAAAAGCCAAACUUUUAUUAUUAAAGGGGAAAGAAGAGAGGGAGCAAAAGAGACCUACAUAACUCUACGUUAUACCUUCCAUUUGUUAUAUUUAUUAGUGUCGUGAAGACUGUAGACACGAGUUGUAUCAAGGAUUUGGGGGAACCAGUUGAUGAUGCACUCACCAAUUUUGCCAUUUUAGAAGCAAAUUAAAAUCAAGCUUCUUUUAUAUUUCCACUGGGAGUCCUGUAUUUAUUCACAAUUUCAGAAGUGUAUCUGGAAACCUCUGAUCAUUUUAGAAAAGAAUUCUGAUUUACACUGUACAGCAGGCAUUGAAACCAUGAUACAAAAUUUAUUUCAUGCUAGGAUUUGUUUUGCAUAACAUUGUGCAUGCAUUUUACUCAGAAGUUCUAAAUUGCAUACAAUGCCAUCAUCUUGUUUCUUAAACUCUGAGACAAGCUUACACUUGAGUAGCUUCCUGAUUUGUAUACUGUAAGUCCCAGAUUUUCUGAUUUUUUUUUCUAAAAAAACAUAUUUUUUUUUGUUAAAUUCAUCACUGAUUACGUAAUGUGAACAAUUUGCCAUGAAGGGUCUUCACAUUGGAUCUAUACACCAAUAAAAUACAACAUAACCAGAGCUGGAAAAUAAGUCUAGACCAGCUGUUACCAUCAGGUCCAAGAGUUGGUCCCAUGUUUCACAAGCAUGCCAACAAAAACAGACAGGAAAAGAAAGUUGUUUGUACAGUUUACACAAUUCUAGUUGAAUGAAAAGUUCUUGAUUGUUUUUUCAUGUUAAUGUGAUGUAUUUAUGAAGGCUUGGUCAAUAUGACCGCCCGAUUCCACUUUUAAAACCAUUAACUCUUUUUAUCUUGUAUACAAAAAGAAGCAAUCAAUAGCAAAGGAAUGUACGGUUUUAGAACAUUUUACAGUUUGGCUACAACAAUGUAUGUAAAAGUAAAGAGCUUUGAAAGAAAAUAGAUCACUUUGCCUCCCACCCACCCCCUUUAAAGUUACUCAUACAAUUGCAGGUUUUUUUUGUUUUCAUGCAAUUCAUGCUAUGGAACAACAAAAAAAAUUCUAUCAUUUGUUACAUUUUGGCCAUAGAAAAAGCCUGCAAAUCUACUUAUAUCUGUGAAACCACAUAGAAUCAUCCUGCAAACUUGCAUGGAGUGAGAUUACAUUUGUCCAAAUGAGGAGGUCUUCUAUGCCUGCACAGUUCCACCCAGACGUUUACAAGCCAUCAUUGUCCAUCUCGUUCUCUCCAUGUCAAGUCACUUUGACUGCCUCUGUUGGCAUAUAUUUAGCAAUGACAGGACUUUCUUUGCAAAGAUCUGCAUGUAAAGAAUAUAAUCAAUACUUGAGCUUCUCUCCUGCGCUUUUCAAAUCAAGCUGGGUGUUUUAAAGGAAGGAGGACUAAGGUGGAAAGAGCUACAUGCAGAGGCAGCCAGUUUUCUUCUCCGCCAGUACUUUUUCCCAUGCAGCCAGCCAGCCAGCUAGAGACCUCUCUACAGUGUAUCUUAUUGCUUUCAACAUAGAAUAGGCGCCCAUGCAAAGUUUCAUCCUACUGCGUGUGUUUUGCUCAAACUCCUGCAGGGUUCCUAUGGCUCAAAAAUAUCCUGAGUAAAGCAAAAUCUUCAAUCGUUGGCAAGUUUCAGCAUUGGCCGGAAUGCCUAACCCAUUCCAUAAGAGCCAGUGGAUCCACCAUUAGCCAAGAAAAAGCACAUACCAGCCUGAUGCAACCUUAGAGGAAACUACAUGAUGCAUCCACCUUGUUGUCUUAUGUUCCAAUAUCAUGCAGUGUUAUGGCCCGCCAAAGCUACUAAUGCCCACCUAGUGUCAUCUCAGCACUACCGAUCAAGGGUGUUGUCAGUGUAAGCGUUACUAAAACCAGUAGUAACACCGUCCCCAUGAGAUGCUACCGAGAGACAGACCGCUUCAAUCAUCAUCAUUUGCAUUAUAUUGUGACAGCACAUAGGUCAAUUGGAAAGAAUAGCAUUUCUUUUUCUUUUUUCCUUCUUUUUUUUUAGUAUGAUUUAGACCAUUCUCUGCUAC